AAAUUCAAUGUUGUUUAAAUUUCUAUUCAUUAAGACAAAAUCUCUGCAGAGACAUUGAAUCCGCUUGUCAUCAGAGGAUCGUAUCGUGUAAACUCAAGAAACCUCGACGAAGUCAUCAGAAGUUGGAUCUUGAGUUUGACUCGCUUUUUUGUUUCUCUCUCUUUCUUGUUGUCACUUGCAGGCGGUGCAAAGAAUAAAGACUGUUCGUUGUGUUUGAUCGGAAUCUCUACAUCUGAGUUUCACAUUUCUCCCAAGUAAUUUUACAGACUUUCCUGGGAUUUUUUUAUAGAUAAAAUCUGUCAAGCUUGGGAUCAGAGGAAGACGAUCUGUUGAAAAAGCUCCAAUUCUGAAUUAAAGAAAAAAAAAUGCCUGAAGGGAAAUUAAGAUCAGGAGUUUACAAAUCAUUCAUAAUGUGUGAUGAUCCGAGAGGAGUUGUAGAACGUGGAGCAAUCAAGAAACAGAGUAAGACCCGUAAUAGCAUAUGUAGUGGUACUAACCAAAGAUUUGACCAUCCUUCCAAACCCAAAGAGAGAUCCGAAAUGGCGCCGAGGAAGAGCACAGAGGAUGUUCCUCCUCCUCCUUCGUCAUUCCAGCUCUUGAGAGUAUCUAAAGGGAUUCAGAAGCUAAACGUUGCGAUUGAUUCAUAUUCCAAAGGGUCAAGCUAUGAGACUGUGUUGAGGCCUGAGGAUAUAGCCAAAGGAUUGUUAAGAGGAGCACUUGAUUUGGAAGAGUCUUUAGCUAUGCUAAGUAGCAUUCAAGAAAACGAUAUCAAGCAGAAAACAGGGAUUAAUAAAAACGGAAGACGCGAUUUGCGGUUUCAGAGAUCCAUGUCUGAUAGAUUCGGAGAGCGUAUUGAGAAAAGGAUGAUGGUUCAAGAGAGAGAUUGUCAUGAAGAGCUAAGAAACGUGAUUAGAGAAAGCUUUCAUAGACAGAAUCUUCUUACACAAACAACAAGCACAGAGACGAAGAAGACUCGGGUUGUUAGAAGUGGUUUUGCUUCCUCUUCUGGAGCUGCGUCCUCAUCAACUAGCUCAAGCCAAUCUUCUAUGGUUUCUGGCUCUACAAAAUCAUCUGCAUCGUCUGAUAUUCCACGGAGAGCUCCAAGUUUGAUUGCUAGGCUUAUGGGUUUGGAUGCAUCUCCCCCAGAACCGAACAAUACCCCGGUGAAACAUAUUGAUAAGCCUGUUAUUGCAAACUUGCCAUCAGAAAGACAAGAACAGCUGAAGAAGAAAAAGAAGAAGAACAAAGAGAGUCCUGAAACUGUGAGAUGCAACUCUUCAAGACAAGCUGUUUUACAAUCUUUGCCAGGAAGUGAGAAUCCCUCAAGAAUAGUACUCAUCAAACCUGUGAAUGUUGUACAACCGAAAAAGGACGAAAAACCGGGAAACAAAAGACCGGUUUUGCCCAAGAAACGGAGAAUGCAAGGUGAGGUUCAUCCAAGAAUGAUUAAUCAGAAAAAAGAUCAUCAGGCUCAGGGAGGGAGUAAAACCAGCAGCACCAACACAAUGAAAUUACCAUCAAGUCCGACUAAGAAAGACAAAAUGGUUCGGAAAGUAGAAGAGAAUGAAGGUAAGGUGAUGAAGCUAUUGUCACCGAGCAACGUCAAAGCUGUAACAAGAGAAUCAAAACCAAAGGAAAGCAUCAAAAAGAUUUAUGUGAAGAAGGAAGAUAUGAGUGAAGCUAAAGACAGACAAAAGGCUCUUAAGCCACCUGCCAAUCCUGCGACGACUCACAAGAAAUCAAAUGGUUCUUCAGACAUGUCAAGAAACAAGAAUCAACGUUCCAGGUUGAGCUCAAGCUCAAGCUCUAGCUCUAGUAGUGAUGAGCAGAAAAGUAAUAGUCGUUUAAAGAAGUCUGGUGAAGCUAGUAAACGAAGUCCGAAGAAGAAACUCCAUCAACGAGACAAUGACCUCGCUUCAGAGAAUAAUUCAAGUUCUUCACAGGACACGCGCGUUUCUGCCGAGGAAACCACUCAUUCCCAGCUUCACAUUCAAGGCCAUUGCGAUAACGGAGAAAUUACUUCUUGUCCUGCCACAAUUCAGCAUUCUCUUGAGCAAGAAACCUCUCUUAGAUCAUUCUUAUCCAACUCCUCAGAUUUCAUCAGCUACGCAGAGAAUCUCUUCGACUUCAACAACAACACCAACAGAAGCCAAGAAACAACCUGUCAUGGUAGAGACAGCAUUGUGAUCUCAGACCAUAGACUUGCACUAGACUUUGCCAAAGAAGUAGCCAGACGCAGAAGCCCUCGUCUCAUUACCAAACCAACUUUUCCCUUACGAAGCGCUGUGCAUAUUGAUGAGUUGUUAAUGGAAGUCUGUGAUGGGUUUGACUCCCUGAGAAGUUACAGAGACACGUUUUUAAAUCAAAGCAGCUUCGUUAAAGAGAGCAUACACAUGCUGUUGGAGAAGGAUCUAUUUUGUAACAAAAAAGAGAUGACAAGUGGAGUCUGGGAUUUGGGUUGGAGAAGUGAGUUUCAGAUCGAUGAGACUCAUCAAGCUGUAGUUGACUUAGAGAAACUUAUCUUGUCUGGUUUGAUCCAGGAAAUUUUCUCUUAGCCCCUUAAACCAACAAAACAAGAGUUUUCUUUUUUUCUUUUUCUUUUUUUUUUUGAAUCAGUUCUUUGUAACCAAUUAUAUAUAAUAAUAACUGUAGCAAUGAGCGUAUAAACUUCAUAGUUAAAUUUUGGAGAAACA